ACUAUACAUGAUAAGUGCACCGCAUCCUGUUGUUAUGUACACUAGGCUUCUUUCCCCGAUGACGGGUAAGCACUUGUUUAGAAAUUAUACAUACCGUGGAGUAAAACAUUCAAUCGUUAUGUAGGUCUUGCAAUGUAAUGAUCGUGUUCCGUGGCUUUUUUCGAGUUGAAAUAGAAAAGUCAAUGAUGCUGCCAUUGUGGUUUAUCUGCUUUGCUUUUGCUGUAUCGUGACAAUUAAGAGGUGAGGCACUAUAAAUUUAUUUGUGAUGUCAUCAUUCAUCUGAAGGAUGGCAGAACGUCCCAAGCCUGCGCAAGAUGAAGAGCGCCUGAGGGACUCAAAGACACGUUUCCAUAGCUACCUCCAUGGUGGGACCUCAAGCUUGCUGUCCACCCUUAUUGUUUUCCCUGUGUACAAGACUGUUUUCCGCCAGCAAAUCCACAACAUCCAGGUUCACCGGGCUGUAAAGCAGCUCCACAAAGAAGGCUUUGUCAAGCUCUACAGGGGGGUGACCCCACCAUUACUGAUGAGGACACUCAGUGGUACGCUACUCUUUGGACUGCAGGAUACCUUCCUCCGCUUGCUCUCUUUGCCCUCCCUCAGUGUCAUUCCUUCCUCUCUACAACCUGCUGUGGCGGGGCUCGGCGUAGGAACGGUGGAGGCGCUGGUCUUUACGCCUUUUGAGCGCGUUCAGAACGUCUUGCAGAGUGGCCACAACGACCGGCGCCUCCCGACGUUAAAGAGUGUUCUUGUUAAGCUGAAGGCGCAAAAGCUGGCUUCAGGCUACUACCGGGCUUUCCUGCCCGUCACGGUUCGAAACGCCCUCGGCAGCUCCCUUUACUUUGGUUUGAAGGGGCCCUUGAGUAAUGCUGUAGCAGGGCAGGGGCUUUCUCCAUUAGCAUCCUCAUUCAUUUCUGGAACUGUUGCUUCCAUGGCAAUCAGCCUGAGCCUGUACCCGCUGUCUGUGCUGAUAGCCAACAUGCAGGUGGAAGUGCAGACAGAGGUGAAAGGGGUAACAGCCUGCUGGAGGAUCCUGUGGAACUCCAGGCAGAGAAGUGUCCUAUUACUAUAUCGAGGUGGUGCCCUAGUUAUUCUGAGAUCGUGUAUCACCUGGGGAAUCACCACGGCCAUUUAUGACAGGCAGCAAAAACGCUCAGGCUGAGCAUGUGUAGCAAACAGAAAGUCAGGAUAUCCUACAAUGCAGUUUCUGGAUUUAUCCAAGCUAAAAGCAUUGUCCAAAGUUAAACUAAUAAAGUGGUUUCACUAGUUCUUUGACAGAAUAUCCAAUACAAAAUAUUUGACAAAUAGCUCAUGUACAUAGAAUGUCUUUUCUCUAUAGUAAUGCGGUACAGUUAUGACACUUUUUGUUAUUAUUGUAAUUCAGCAAAAUGUGUUUAAUCCAUUUACACACAAAAACCAAGACCUAUACACACUUAAUUCAAUCUCCAAACCUUGGAAUACAAAUGUUAACCUGUUCAAUUCUUUGUAUACAAGUUGUUCUUCUCAAGGAGGCCAACAUAAAAACAUUCAACUUCAAGAAUGUCCACUUCAAUGCCUUUCAGUGACUCUUCCAGUCUGCUUAGCCCCAUUGAAACCUGAUGGUGACACACUAAACUUGAAAAGCACGAUGGAGAGGAAUGUUUAGAUGGCAGUUUUAACUGAAUAGGGAAGACUAAACAGUUGGAUUUAUGCACUGAAAUGUUUAAAGAAUAUACAAUAAAAUAUUAAAAUGUUGUAUGGCAUUUUAGGUCCAUCUGAAAGUUGAAUAUCCCCAACUUUGUGAGUAGUUGUGCUACAAUAAUAGAGCAGUAAGUCAACAAUCAUUUAAAACAAGAAACAAAAAGGCAAAUUCUAUUUAUGCAAUUCAUUCAGUGUUUACGGUUGGGCAAGUAUUUACUGGACUGGAACUAGAUGUGCUGGUGACUCGUGCAUUUAUACCACUCAGGAAUCAGACCACCUGUUUAAUAUCCUAUUUGUAUUUUGGAGACAAACACACAAAAGGGACAGAUUCACGUUCAAUGUGCAAUGUUAAGGUUGUAGAUGUGGUUCAGAUGUUAAAAUGGAUUAAAAUAAUGGGGGAUUCCACCAAGCAGUUGUUGUCUUUCAAUGCCACUUAAAACUGUUACUCAACCAAUUCCGAAACACUUAAUUGCUCUUAUUAAAUGAGAUUAUAUGUGGUGUAUGUUUGUGUGUG